AUGCUGUACCAGCAAGAAAACAAACUGAUCUAUAAGUUCGACGACGAGACUUUAUGGAUCGAGCCUUGGGGAUUGAACGCUCUACGAAUUCGCUCAACUCGUGCGCAGCAAAUGCCCGAAAGGGACUGUGCUCUCCUCGCGCCUGCCCCAGCAACACCACCAGCAGUCACCGAAAUCGACGCCAGCGGGUCCGGGUCCCUCCAGAACGGCAAUGUCCGAGCGACAAUCUCAAGGACUGGAAAGAUCCAGGUUCAUAAUUCCAAAGGCGAGCUUCUUCUUGAGGAAUACACCCGUAACAGAAAGGACCUCUUCGACCCGAAAUGCAGCGCCAUCAAAGUCCAGGCGCGCGAAUUCAAAGCCAUCCCAAACAGCGAGAGUUAUCACCUCACUGCUCGGUUCGAGAGCGUCAGUCCUGAUGAGAUGCUGUUCGGCAUGGGCCAGUACCAGCAGCCGUUCCUAGACCUCAAAGGUCAUGAUCUUGAGCUAGCGCAUCGCAAUUCGCAAGCCAGCGUACCGUUCACAGUCUCCUCCUUGGGAUAUGGGUUCCUCUGGAAUAACCCUGCCAUUGGAAGAGCCUUCCUAGGCCGCAAUAUCAUGUCCUUUGAGGCCCUUUCAACCACCACCCUAGACUACUGGAUCGUUGCCGGAGAUACCCCUGCAGAAAUCAUUGAGGCCUAUACCACGGCUGUGGGAAGAGUCCCCAUGAUGCCUGAAUACGGCCUGGGAUUCUGGCAGUGCAAGCUUCGCUACCAGACACAAGAGGAACUCCUUCAGGUCGCUCGCGAAUACAAACGCCGUGAGCUGCCCAUUGACCUUAUCGUGAUCGACUUCUUCCACUGGCCGAUGCAAGGGGACUGGCGCUUCGACCCAGUCUACUGGCCGGACCCUGAUGCGAUGGUCCAGGAACUGAGAGAGAUGAAGAUCGAGUUGAUGAUCAGCGUCUGGCCAACUGUCGAUAAGCGGAGCGAAAACUACCGGGAGAUGGUGGAAAAUGGCUACUUGAUUCGGACCGAUCGAGGCGUUCGGACGGCAAUGGACUUUCAGGGAGACACUGUGCAUUUUGAUGCUACGCACCCGGGCGCCAGGAAGUUCGUGUGGCAGAAGUGCAGGGACAACUACUAUAACCACGGAAUCCGCGUUUUCUGGCUGGACGAAGCAGAACCAGAGUACAAAAAGUAUGACUUUGAUAACUUUCGGUACUACAAGGGCCCAAACACUGCAGUCGGGAAUAUUUACCCACUCGAGUAUUCUCGGGCAUUCUAUGAGGGGAUGCAGCGCGAAGGGCAGGAGAAUAUUGUCAACCUUGUACGCUGCGCAUGGGCUGGCAGCCAGAGAUAUGGAGCUCUAAUAUGGAGUGGAGACAUUGCUUCCUCAUGGCUUAGUUUUCGCAGCCAACUGUCCGCUGGUUUGCAUAUGGGACUCUGCGGACUGCCCUGGUGGACUACAGAUAUUGGGGGAUUCCACGGAGGUGACCCCUCUGACAGCAAAUUCCGCGAGCUGUUCGUCCGCUGGUUCCAAUGGGGCGCCUUCUGUCCGGUCAUGCGGCUCCACGGGGAUCGUGAGCCCAGGCAAGCCGCUCUAGGGACAGACGGGGGAGCAUCCUGCGCGAGUGGCGCCGCAAACGAAGUCUGGUCCUACGGGCCCGAGGUGUAUGAGAUUUGUAAGAAAUACAUGCUUCUCCGGGAGCGACUCCGAAGCUACACGCGCUCCUUGAUGAAGGAGGCACAUGAGAAGGGGUCUCCUGUCAUGCGGACGCUGUUUUAUCAAUUCCCGGAGGAUGCGCAGUGCUGGAAGAUUGGGACGCAAUACAUGUACGGAGGGAAGUACCUUUGCUGUCCUGUCCUGAACGAAGGAGACAGAGUAUCGAAGGUAUACCUGCCUGCGCUGUCUCAUGGGAAGUGGGUUCCAUUCGAGAGCGACCAGGCGAAGAUUGAGGGCUAUGAAGGAGGUCAGUGGGUUGAGAUCGACGCGCCUUUGCACUGGAUGCCUGUAUUCGAGCAUGUUUAGGACAUAGACCACUCAGAGAUUUUUUACCCAGAGAGUUUCCUUCAGUACUCGGCUUGAAUAUGACAGAAAGCUACUCCGCACUGACGAUUAAUAUUCUUCCUGCACCUCCCUUAGCCUUCAAUUUUGAUUGGUCUUCUUAC